UGCGCCCUAACGGCGCUGGCGCUGCGAAAGGCCGCGCCAAACGACCGCCCACCUGUGCGGGCGAGCACAAACGGCGAUUACGCUAUUCAAACCGUAGGGAGGAACUCAUUCAUCUCUCUCAGAUGUGGGGAUCUUCCUGCAGUAGGUGGGAAUGGACCCCAGCAAAUACUCCCAACACUUGAAUACGAUUCUGAGGCAUCAACCCUAUUGAGCCAACUCGGUUGUAUUCGAUGGCUGUCUGAUCACUGCACUACUGCUUGGAUAGAGACCAAGUUCUGGUCCCCACGACGCCACGGGUUCUCUUUCAUCUUCUUAUGUUGUUGUCGAAUGAUGGAUGACAGCUGGGGCUGUGAACAGGAUCUCUUUGCAGUCUCACCUUUUGGAGGGUCCCAAACAUUGAAUGAAUUGGUGGAAGGAUUAACAUCGAAGAAAGCGACGGUGGAGCAACUGUUGUCACGAGAAGGCAAUAUUCAAGAUCGCAAUGCCGCCCGAGAACGCCUUGUUAUGUCGUUGGGAGGGAAAGCACCAAAAGGAAAAGCGCUGAAUUACAAGAUUCUGAAGAAAGAGCGGAAAAAGAAGAAGGAAGAUGAUGCUAAAAAAGCAGCAGAAAUGAAGGCACUGCUCCGAGUCAAUUCUGCGAAGAAGAUCAAGUAG